AUGCUUAAUAUACCAAAUUCAAAAAGUAUAUCUUUAAAAUUUUUAAAAAAAGGAUAUACACCAAAUAUUGAAAAUAUGAAUUUUUCUAAAAGCGUUUUUAAAAAUUAUUAUGUACUGGAGAGAGAUAAAGUAGCAUCUCGAUUAAAAGUAAAGUAUUGUGAAGAUAGUCAAAUAAUUUUUAUAGAGUGGUUAUCAACAUUCAAUUCAAUUUUUGUUUCACAUAUAUUUUUACGAUGCUCCAAAAGUCUUUUAACACCAAUUCCAACAUUUAUAAUUAGUCUUUGCCUUUUACAACUAUCAUUAAUGAAAAAAAAAGAACUUUGUAACAAAUCUUUAGAAAAUGAUAAAAUAAUAAAAAUAAAAAAUGUUGAUGAAUUCUUAGAACAAGUAAUGAAUAUUAAUGAUAGGAAAAAAUUUAAUAUUUAUGAUGUUGCAAUAUAUAAAAUAAAUAAUAUGUUAAAUAAUAAAAAGAAUUUUUUUGAAAAAAUAUAUUUCUUUAUUAAGAAAAGAGAUAAUGAUAAAAAGAAUGAUAAAUCUUAUAAUGAUAGUGAUGAUAAUGAAUAUGAGAUAGAAGAUGAAAAUAACGAUUUUAAAUCAUUAUUACUUAAUUUUUCUCCAAAAAAUACUUUUGAAUAUUCUCAUAAUAUAAAUGAUUAUAAUAUAAAAAUGAUAAUAAAUCAUUUAAAACCUUAUAUAAAAAUUAAUGAUAUAAAUAUGUUAGUAGAGAAGUUUAAAAAAGAUUCAACAAAUGCAAUUGCUGUUUGUAUAUUUAACAUUGAUGCUAAAUGGAAAAAUGGAAAAUCAUCAUUUGCUGGCUUACAUAAUUUUAAAUCUCAUGGUUAUAAUGAAAUGAAAGAUUUCUUUGUUUUUGAAGGUGAAUGUAGGAUUAUUAAUGGAAAUGAUAUUGAAAUUAUAUCAAUACCAUUAUUAGUUGAAGGAUCAGAGAAUAGAAAUUUAGAAUUUGUUAUGAUUCGUCCACUAGAUGGUGUUAGAUAUUGUGCUGGUCUUAAAAAAAUUGGUGAAAUUUGUCGCUUAAUAAAUAUUGAAUUAAAUUUAAUAGAACCAUGUCAAUGUAAAAUUUUAAUGCCAGUUAUUCAUUCGCCAAUUGUAGAUUCAUUAGAAAAUAUAAAUUUUAUAGGUGAAAAAACAUUAUUUUAUUCAUGUACAAAAUCAGCAACUUUUAAAAAUAUUUAUGAUUCAACGAAUUUAGAUGGAUUAUAUUAUUAUUCUUCUUUAUUUAUUAAUAAAAAUGGUAUAAAAAGUAAUAAUAAUAAUAAUGAAAACAAAAAUAAUUCAAUAACAAAUGACAAUUUAUUAAAAGAUAAAAAGUACAAUAUACGUAUGGAUAUUCCAUUUCAUUAUGCUAUUCUUGAUAGAACAUCUAAGGAUACUAUUUUGAUAGGAUCUUAUUAUGGAAAUUAUAUAUCUAACUUUCAAAGAAUUAUAACAGUAGAAAAUUUAAAAAAACUUAAUGAAGAAAAAUUAAAAAAAAGGAUGAAUUUAUUAAAGAAUACGCAGACAGAAAAAAAUUACAAUUGUUGUAGUUAG